UUGCCUUGUGGCUAUGAAGAAGACUUUGUCAAUCCUGUUGACGACGAUUUACAAUGUUCAAUUUGCCAAUCUGCGUUACGAAAUCCGGUUCUUACUAGAUGUGGUCACAGAUUUUGCAGAGGGUGCUUAGAGCGGCAUAUGUCAAAUAGGUAUGUAUUUGAUGAACUGAAUGUAAAAAAGUUAAAUAUAAGCUUUUUAUUAGACAAUAGAAUUCAGUGAUGUUCGCCGAAACAGAAAGCUGACCUAGAUUCCGUAUUAUUCGUUACUUACAAUUACUGAGAAAAUAACCGAUUUAACGGUGCUCCUUUGUUAAGACUGGCACUUUAUGAACUUGUACUAGUAGUUUCCAAUGGAAAGUGAAGUCCUGCGAGUACUGCAUGACAUUUUAAAUAAUUUGCAUCAGCAGCAGUUUAUUUCGAUUGUUGAUAUUUGACAUUAACUACACGACACGAAGGCGAUGGAUAAAAACUGAACUUUGAACCAAAAUAAGUGUGUAUAUCAAGCUACAGUGUAUAAAAGUCUGUGAGAAUAAAUCAGCGUAUUAUUUGUCUGAAACCUGUCCACGAUAAAGGUAAGAGCAUGCGAGCAUUGGAGUGAGUGAAAGACUAAAUUUCCAGUCGAGUUCAAAAGUAAGCUGUUCAUAAAGCUUCGCUAGCGAAUCAGAUCAUUUUCAAUCUUUGCUUCCGUCGUGUAUAAGACGUUUUAAUCCCAAGGGAAAACAAACCUUGUCACACUUCCUAGAAAACUCUUAAUAACUAAAGCAAUUUAUCAGUUAAAUAAAUACAACAGAGCCUGGCUGAAGACAAAUUUAGCCAAAACACCGACUUUAUUUACCGUAGAGUUCCAGGAAUUGCUUGAAAUAUUCCGGGAAACGUAUCGCUUCAAUUCACGUGAAUUUUUUACCUUCACUUGCAUUAAGGUUAAACAGGUUAUUGUCUCAGUAAUUGUAAAUAACGAAUAAUACGUUGUCUAGCUCAGCUUCCUGUUUCGGCGAACAUCACUAAAUUCUAUAUUGUCUAAUAAAAACAUAACAAAGCUUAUUGCUGCGAAGCCACUCGCAGCAGACUAAUUCGAUUCAGGUCGCGUACGUGACCAGCCUGGGUUAUCUGUGCCCGAAGCCACCUCCAUUGGAGAUUUUUGGAUGUAAAUAUUUAUGUAUGUGAACAGGUGUUUUUAUGUAUUAAUAACUUCACAGGAGUUCAGGCUUCAGGAGUAAUCAUCGAUCGUUUAUUGCGACAGUGCUGUUUCGUAUGGUUCCGAAAUUAUAGGACCACACUCAUCAGGAAACUUCAAGGAUUGACCGUUAAAAUUAAAGCCGGCAGUAAAAUUUGGGUGGUUGUUAUAGGGAUGCGUUAAGAGAUUGUAUCUAGGUAACAGAUGGAUUGUGUCUUAGUUACGUUACUCUAAAGUUCUGAAGUGCAUAUUUGUUUGUUUGUUUGUGGGUGCAUGAACUCGCCAGUUCGUUUCGCCUGUUUAGGCUACAAAGCUUUUUUUUACAAAUGAUGAUGAAUUUUUCAUAAAGACAAAGAUUACAUUGUUUGCUAAUGUUGCAAUGGGGUUUACAUUUUACAAUAACCUGUUUAACGGUGCUGCUUUGUUAAGACCGACUCUUUAUGAACGCAUGUAAGCCAACAGAAUUAGGGAAUUAAGAAAAACAAACGGCUUAGGAUGGAAACAUUUGUAACUAACGCGCCUAUGACCAUGGUUAGACCAUGGACGCUAGCAAACUCGUUAAAUCAUUCAUCUGUUUCAGGAAUGUUCCAAUUUAAACGGACAAGGGAAAUGUUGGGCAUUUUUUACAUAACACGAUGAAUUAUUUUCGAGACGGCAUGGAUAGACCAUUUUAGGGCAAUAUUUCCGUACAACCCCCUACAUUAAUUAUGCAUACACCUAUUGUUUAAAGAAAACAAGACAGAACAAUACUAAGCCUUUGGGAUUUGAGCUUUUGUUUAAGAAAUUUUUAAUUUGCUUUCUAAGUCUUUUUUUUUAAACCCCCUUAAUUUGGCGCAUUUUGCAGCAAAAUAGAAACUUUUCAGAAGAAAUUUCGAACAUUUUUUCUGUUCCUACGUCUAGUUAUAUAAUUAUAAGUCCGUUGCGGAAAAGUAAAACGAAAUAUUUUGUAGUGUGGGCAUUAAAUUCGCUAAACUAUCCUCGGAAUUGAAUACGCUAAACGAUAUGAUGAAAUAGAGACCUACCUUUUUAUCUGUAUUCGUCAGAGUUGUCUUUUUUUCCUAAACUAUUUUCUCGAAUUUCCGCCACCUCCUUCUACGUCUGACCUGUCUGUUUAAUUAGCCCUUUAUGCGUCGUUCAUAACGUCAUUAAGUUCGGCGAUAUGUAAGCUUUACUACGUUAAUGUUUCCAAAGAUAACUGCUCCGUAAUGCCUUCCCUGCCAGUAGGUUGAAUGGUUCUUUGGAUGUCCCAGUACGGGGCAAAACAUGCUUUACCCUACCAUCUAUUUCCGACGAAUGACGAAUUGUGAAGCCUGUGCGUGCUUGUCAUUGCGUGAAGAGAAAAAAAUAAAAAAAAUUGAAAUCCUCUUUUAUUAACGCAGUAAGUAUUCAUUACCAAUGUAUAUAUGCAAAACUCUCCGGAAUUGGUCUAAAAAUAAUGGGGAAGGGUGACCGGGGCCCCCCGGGCUCCUCCCCUGGAUCCGCCAGUGCAUCCAACAAUGUUGCGUCCGUUUGCACAGGGCUUUACGGACUCUCUUAAGGGCAUUAACCGUUUGUCUCGAGGGGGUCCGGAAUAACAGGAGUUGACUGUAUAUCAGGGGACGUUUUUAAACUCCAUUUUAUCACUAUGAAUACUGCGUCUUCUGCAAAAGUCGCAUAGGACAUCCGAAAUUCAACUUACUUUCUCUUUAAGACCAAAAUGAAAAGGCCAAAUUAAACUGCUGAAGUACAGCGUUUCUCAGUGCUUAAAAUUAUAGCUGAUAGGUGAAUAUCAGAAAAGUUCUCCAUCGUACUUACGUGCGAGUAUUAUGUUCCUGUAAUCUCAUAUUUUUAAAGAUUAAAUCCCAAGGUGGCUAAUCGAACGAAACCGAACCAAAAAUCAAUCGAACUCAACGAACCCAAUCGGUCCGAUUGUAGUUCGAUUGGUUCAAUAAUCGAACAUAAUUAAACUGGAACUUUUCGGUGAGUUCGAUUACCGAACUCAAUCGAACCAUUGGAACUCAAUCAAUCCGAUUAGUUCGAUUUUGUUUGGCAUAAAGACAAAACGCAUUCAUUUUCAAUUGAUCGGAAAGAUCUCCCUGUGUGGGUGUGUGAAGCAGUUUGAAAACAAAAAUAUUUCAAUUAACCCGGAAGUAACAAAAAUCUUUAUCGUUAAAGUGAUUCAAAAUCGAUAAAUUCACAAUUAAUACUGGGAAACAUGCAAGCACAGGCACCAGUUCACGUUGUAAAUGUCCAAGUUGGCCGCGACCGUCGUCAGUUACCUUCAGAGCUAGACCCCCAACUCCCCUUUUCUUUUUAAUAAUAAGCUUUUCACCGACACCGAGGGCGAAAGAGCACUCACACGGGUACGCAGAGAUGCCACAGAGGGCGGAAAACGUACUACGUUUUCUACAUCUUUGCGUACUCGUGUUUGAAAUUGACGCCAAUACAUAUUCUUUUGACGCAUGAUGAAAGAAGAUGAAAUUGGUUUUAUGUUCGAUUGUUGCAGUGUUCGAUUGGCAAAAGUUUUGGGUGAGUUCGAUUACAUUCGAUUACCGAACCUAAUGGAAGUCAAACGAACGGUUGGAGUUCGAUUGGGUUCGAUUACCGAAUGUUCGAUCGGUUACGCCGGGCCACACUAUUGAUCAGGGCCGGGUUGUUCGAAAGCCGGGUUAAAUUAACCUCGGCUUAGGCCUAACUGGAAGUUAAAUUUCUUAACCGCGGGUUUGUUAACUUGGGGUCAAAAUUGCGUUGUUCGAAGCGCGGUUAGAGGAGCGGUUAGUUAACCUCGGGUUUACCGCGACUAACUCUAGCAUCCCAUAAUACCUCUUGGUUUGUUUACGUCAAAAAAUGGCGUCGGUGGAGGAUCCCAGAAAAAUAAUUUCAACGCCUUAGAAAUUUUAAGCGAGAACAUGGAAGAAAACUUGCACGUUUCACAAAGUAAGUUGACAAACAGUGUGACAAACCGUAGGCAAAAAAUGAAUUGGACACCAUUAACAGUGGCGCAACGCUGUGGGAGUGAAAUUGGCGAAGUACGAGGGAAGUGGAAGAAUCUUAAUUUCUUGUGCAAAGUUUAUCGAAUUCACAAACUUUCGAAAAGAAACAAAAAGAACUUGAGGAGGAUUGACCUGCUUAGAAACCUGUAGCGAGUUCUUACUUCUUCGUUUGUAAAAUUUUUAAUUUUCAUCAUUUGUCUGAACUUUCUGUCGUUAAUAGUCAGUAAACAGUGACAACAAGGCGGCCAUAUUGUUUUGACAUUGCUUUUAUUAUCAUUUAACCCAAGGUUAGUUAUUUAACCUACCUAGCUAGCAGGGUUAAAUCUAACCCGCUGUUUAACCCGAGGUUUGAGCUAACCGGUGUUUGAACAUCACAAGAAACCUGCGAUUAAAAUGUAUCCUCGGGUUAAGCUUAUUUAACCUGAGGUUAGGAUUUAACUCGCUUUCGAACAACCGGGCCCAGGUUAUUUUUCCCAACCACUCACUCAUGUCGGGCUCCAGGUAGCUUUCUCAGACGCUGAAUACAUUUGUGUCGGUGUGCCUCAAUGAUCGAUCCUCGGACCUCUGUUAUUUGUGCUCCACAAAACGAUUUACUCACCGUUGCUCGCAAGUGUAGUAUGCUAAUGUAUGCUGAUGAAACUGUCUUAUUCUAUUCUGGAAACGUCUCCGCUACAACAGAGAAAAGUCUCAAUGAAGAUCUUGAUCUAAUUGGAUGGUGGCUCUAUAAUAACAGCUUUUUCUUAAACGCACUUAAGACUGAAGCUAUGUUGUUCGGAACUCAUGCUAGGCUUUCUGACGCAGCUUUUGCGAGUGUAACGUUUAAGGGCCAACCUAUUAAGCGUGGUUUUGAAUUCAAGUAUUUAGGAGUUGUAUUUGAUGAACAUAUUUCUUGGAAUUCUCAUGUUAAGUAUGUAUUAUCCCGAGGUGGUAAACGACUGGGAAUGCUAGGACGCAUUAGGGGGAAUCUUACAUCAGACUGUGCUAAUUCCAUUUACACAGCUUAUAUUCAUCCUAUCAUGGAUUAUUGUGACACCGUGUGGAACUGCUCUGGAGUUGGCAACAGUUCGUCACUAGAAAGGCUUCAAAGACGUGCCUCUAAAAUUGUUUCAAAAAUGAGCGACAGUGACAGAGCUUUGGAUUAUCUUAAGUGGCCAUCUCUGGUAAAUAGACCAGAGAGCCAUGUUAAUGAACUCGUCAAAAGAUGCAUGAAAGGGCCCUGCCCGAAAGUUUUUAAAACCUAUUUUACCUUUAACAGUUCUGUCCACAAUCGAAUUACGAGGGAAAUGAACGUGUUGCACUUGCCUAUGGAUAGAACUGAUUUAGUUAAAAACUCUUUUUAUUACAAUGGUUCUGUGAUUUUUAAUAGACUGAAUUUUUAAUAUUUUAAUAUUUUAUUCGUGUUUACUGUAACUGUAUAUAGUCCAUUUUUUUAAAGAUCAACUUUCAGUAUAAUUUAUUAAUUUUUAAGAGUAUUUUAGCAUAAUUGUAUAGUUUUUAUUAGUUUUAUCAUUUUGAUUUUUAUCAGGGCCCCAUAGCAGUGCCUAACGCGUCUGAAUGGGCUACCCUGAUAUGAAUAAAUAAAGGUCUCUCUCUCAUAAGAGGCGACCGUUCACUCACAGAUUGGCAUGUAUCGCGUCAUUUUAAUACUGACACAACAACCCUACAACCCUAAAUUAAACUUGUGAAUCUUGUACCAAUGGCCACUUAUACUUUCUAUGAAAAGAUGUAGAAGCUUCCCAACAGUUUUACACUGCACGGAGCUGUUUGAAGCACUCUCGGCCAUUUAAGUUUUCUUACCCAGAACUAAAGAUGUCAGGACAAGAUAUAUUGGUCACUUUUAUUUUAUUAGGCAACAACAACAACAACAACAAAGUGUUUGCAACUGCCCUGUUGACAGAGAGGAGCUCGUUUGUGAUAAGGUAAAUUAGUACACUAAAUACAGCUUUGUUUGUUUUUCAGUUAUACAUAUUGGCAUUUUUUACUUUUUUUUUCUUAUCCUUCUCUGUUUGUCUGAAAAUCCAAUGCUUUGCAAAUAAAAACUUUCAAAAAAACAAAAAACUUUCCAACUUGUGUCAACCGUGUUAACAGAGCACUAAAAGUCAAUCAGUCAAACUGUGUCGACCGUUGCAGAACAAAAAGUAGAGCACGUGUAUUUGGCGGAAUCCAAAAUAGACUGGAUUAUUUGUCUCAAAACUUUGCUUCGUUACCUCGAACGCAACGAAAAAUCCGUAAAUGGACUCUUGACAGCUUGACAAUAAUACUAGACUCUGGGUUCGCUUGUUUGUCUAUAAUGUUAUUUGACGCACAGAUAAUCGUCGUAAACGCCAUUAAGUAUAACCUGUCGAGUUUCAAGCAUCUACUGAUACCCAAGGUUAUAUUUCAACCAUUACUUGACGUUUGAGGAUAAACUACGUCGCCAUAAACAAAGUUUUGGAAAAAUUGCCACCACAGUUGUAUUAGAUAAAGAUGAAAAUCUUUUAUGAUCAGGGUUGCAAUGACAUCGGAGUUGUCAUAGCAACGAAAUGACGCUAUUACCUAUUUUACUUACAGAAGUAUUUCUGGGCACUGGGAACUGUUCUUCCAAAAUCAUUCACGGGAGCUUUUUCCUCCAAUAGCGGCCUCGAUGUUCGUGAAGUUUAAGCGAAAUCUGUAAGAGCGUUAUCGAGAUAUUUUGGGAUAAAGAUUUUAUGGUUAGAAAUACGGUAAAAAAUGGAUAAUCUUGAUGUUCGGCUGUUAUCUGUAGAAAAUGAAGCGCUUUUUACAUGCAAUUUCACCUCAUAGUAGUUUCAAUCUUUUUAAAAACGUGUGUGAAAGACCGCGGAGAUAUCUCCAGCCGAUUGUUAGAAAGAAGGAUUUGAUUGGUAUGUUUCGAGGCGCUUUUGUUAGCGGUUUUUGAACAUUUUGGUCUACUUUAACAAAUUAGCGAAUAAUUUUUAAACCGCUCGAUAGAUUUUUAAAAAAAAUUAAUAUUCUUGAGAUUAACCUUCCUUUUAUAUGACCCUUUAGUUUCAAGGUGAUUGAUAUAUUGUAAGGCAGUAAAAUAAGGGCUAAAAUUCGCCAAUAUUUUGGCAGAAAUUUUGUGUUUACAAAUGUGAGCCUCUCAUUAUUCGGGGUAUUAUCUCCAAGGUUCAUAUUUUCGCGCAUAACAAUAGCUAGCAUUUUUGCAUAUGUCAAAUGCAUUGUUAGUUACUGUUGUUCACGUGAAAAUGAAACUUGGAGACAAUGCCUUGAAUAAUGAGAGGUUUUCACUUGUAAUAACGAAACUUCCGAUAGAAAAGUAACGAAUUGUAGCCCUUAUUUUACUGCCUUACAAUGUAUCAAUAAUCUUGAAACUAAAAGGUCGUGUAAAAGAAAGGUUAAUCUCAAGAAUCUUAAGUUUUAAAAAAACUCUAUCGAGCGGUUUAAAAAUUAUUCCCUAAUUUGUUUAAGAAGACCAAAAUGUUUACAAAACCGCUAACAAGAGCGCUUCGAUACAUACUAAUAAAACCCUUCUUUCUAGCAAUCGGUUGGAGCUAUCUCCAUGAUCUUUCACACACGUUUUUAAAAAGAUUGAAACUACUAUGAGGUUAAAUUGCAUGUAAAAAGCGCUUCAUUUUCUACAGAUAACGGCCAAACAACAAUAUUGUCCAUUUUUUACUGUGUUUCUAACCAUUAAAACUUCAUCCCAAAAUAUCUCGAUAACGCUCUUACAGGUUUCGCUUAAACUUUACGAACGUCGAGGCCGCUAUUGAAGGAAAACGCUCCCGUGAACGAUUUUGGAAGAACAGUUCUCAGUGCUGAGAUAUACUGCUGCAAGUAAAAUUGGUGAUAGCGUCAUUUCGUUGCUAUGACAACUCCGAUGCCGUUGUAAUCCUGAUCAUAACAAAUUUUCAUCUUUAUCUAAUACAACUGUGGUGGCAAUUUUUCCAAAACUUUGUUUAUGGCGACGUAGUUUAUCCUCAAACUUGGGAGGUAUUGGCCUUGAAAAACUGUAUCGAGCCACCUUAAAUCGAUGUCAAGCAAACGACUCUUCUAGGGCCUCUAGUUGAUACUUUGUGUUUGCCUAAUUGUCCAAUCUAAUUCAAAAUCUGGACAAAGAGUGUUGGUUUCGCUUUUCGUGUCUUGACAGUGGAGUGCAGUUUCCCCAAAGAAUAAAACAUUAUAUAUCAAUGCCACUAUGCAAAUAUAUCCACUGCGUUCAUUACACAGGAUAUUUUCCCUGACAAAGCCACUGAAAGAAAGAUCCUCUCCCUUUGUAUAAAAUGCUCAAGUACUGGAUGUGAAUGGACUGGAGAACUGAGGGAAAAGGAGGUGAUAUUCAACUACAGCUAGCUUCUCACUUACGCAAGGGAAGUUAACACUGAUGCCUUCAAUUAUCUAUCUGACUAGAAUACAGUGGAACCUCUAUUCAGGGGACACCCUCGGGACCGAACAAGUGUCCCUUGAAUAAAGGCGUCUCCUGAAUAGAGGUUGGGUUACCGUGGGUCUUGUUAUUAAUUAACCAGCAAAGACAAUUUUUGAAAGAAUCGUCAUUCACUUAUCUCUGUGACGUUAUUUGUUGAGCACACACACGUACAACACACCCAUUUGAGUGAGAUAAUUAUAUAAUUCAGUUUGCGAAAGCUGCCAUCAUUGGGAUUGGUGUACACUUAAAGAUUAUAACCCUCUUUGUGGUCAGUCACUUUUUGAGUGCUAAGGUUCCCCCUGAAUGGAGGUUUAAUCCGGGUUUCGGGAAUCAGAAAAGUGUCCCUCUCCCCUGAAUAGAGGUGUGUCAAUAGAGGUAACAGAUACAAAGUUAAUUUGGACGUUUUUCUGGGACCAAAAUUUGUGUCCCUUUAAUGGAGGUGUUCCUUAAAUAGAGGUAACAGAUACAAAGGUUAUGUGGACGCUUUUCUGAGAGCAAAUCUUGUGUCCUUUGAAUGGAGAAGGUGUCGCAAAGGAGAGGUUCCAAUGUACCAAUGUGCAAUAUACCGAUAUAUCAGUAAAGAAAUACUGAAAAUAGAGUACCAGGACUGAUUGGGGAAAGUAUAUGGCAAUGUAGUAGCAUGAUUGAUGCAGCGGUCGAGGAGGUAGCGAGAAUAUAUGUAGAAUGGGGAUGAAAAGAAAUCUGCAAGAGUUGUAUUUUCUCAUGGCCAGUGUCUUUCAUCACUGCAUUUGAAGCUCCAACCACUUACAAGACCAUUUUCCUGUUGCUCUACAACAAUCAUCAAAUUCUCUAGUUUCUCCAUGACCAUCAUCAGUAUGUUGACCUUCUUCACCAUCACACCGUUUUUAUGUCCCAGUAAUGUUGGACCUCCACCAAAAGACCUUUUGAGCUUGUGUGUUUUAUUUUCAAAUACACACUAUGUGAUGUUAUACAUACAUAUGCACAUUUGUAAAAGAAACUGUUCUUUGGGGUAAAAUCACAUAGUAUGGAAUGGGAAUACAAAAAAUACAAGCUAGUCAAGCUAAAAAGGUCUAUUGAUCCCAAACUGGCCUAGCAAGUUUGCGAGAUUGCACCUAUGAUUACUGCUACAGUCAAACGAAUAUCUAUGUUUGGUUUUUAUCAGGAUCACCUAUUAUCUUGCUCUUUCAAACUUAUAUCUUGCCCAAAUGGGAACUGUGUUGUAAAAACAACCAGACAAAAAUUGGAUGAACACGUGGCCACCGUGUGUGAGUGGAGGAUGGUGACCUGUGAUCACUGUAGUGAGCCACAUCCAAAGUGUUUGCUCCAAGUAAGUUUUAAUGAUAAACAGUUUGCGCAUAUGCAUUGUAUUGACAAGUCUGUAGAUAAAACCUAGUCUUAAUAAAAACGGCUACCUUGUACAUAACGCUACAAUAUAAACCACAAUUUAUAGCCCUUUCUUCUGUAUAAUAUUGGUACAUAUGGUUUGUUAGCAUGGGCAGGUCUUUAUGUUAGUUGAGAUGGGCGUAGCCAGCCAUAUUUUCUUAUUAAACCCGAGUUGUAGAAGUCCUCAAAGGGCGGGAAAGGGGAGUGAGGACUUAGUGGAAAGGCAAAUUAGCGCUGACCUAUAAACAAAUACAUCACAGUUACUUUUUGCUAUAUGGUCAUAGUGGAAGAAUAUCUGACCGCAAUAAACGUUUUUGAAUUCUAUGGCUACUUUGAACAUAAUUCAAAAUGGUGGUUAAUUCCAUGAAGUUAGUCCCAGCGAAAAACAAAAAUAAACAAUACUGAAAAAAACGGUUUAAACGGUGUUGGUUUAAGAGCUGAGACCCUCCAAAAUUACUAGCUAGGUUUUAAACUACAAUUACCUAAUGAUUCUACAGCUAAUUAAAGUAAAAAAGGGGACCCUUUAACGACAAUGUAUUUACUUGAAGACCAAGUAGAUACGUAGAAUUAGUGCCAAUUUUGCAUGCCCAUGACCACGACAGACAUUGGUACAUGUUUUAGAUGCAUUUUCACACCCUGUUAUCAAGCGAUUACUUGAGUUCAUUUUAACCCAAAUUUUAAUUUGUUAAUACCGGACUUAUGCGUAAAGGCAGCUACGCCCCUUGUUGGUGCCAGUAUGGGAGUCCUGCUUUAAGUUAUCGGAAUUCAGUGGUAGCAGAAACCCAUAAGGGGUUGAAACGUGUAACUCGCGUUCAAUGCUUGUGAAUAUUCAUUUUGACCAUAUUUGGAAAUCUUAGUGACGGAUAUCCAUUUUCAACAAAAUGGCUGCUGCGCGAUCACCAUGCAGAUGUUUUAAGACAAGAGUUCUUUUCAAGGUUAAAAAUACACCGUAAAAAGACAAAAAAUGGAAAGAGAAAGUUCAAAAGAAUGCUCAGAUUUCUUGUUGUUGAGAAAGGGAAGCUUUUCAUCAAGAAAUCGUCCUUCGAGGAAUUCAACCUUGUUUUCUUCACGGCGGAGCCCAUGGUCUGUUUUGAAAUGCAACCAAGUCAGCGAAGUUUUUGCUGAAUUUUCAGGUACAUUUUGCACUCUAUGGCCAAGAAAAUUGCGUUUUUGAAAGGAAAUUUAUGUAUUUUUAAAUGUUUCAUAGACGUUUUAUAAAUUUUUCUCUUCGGCGCUAAAAAAAAUUACAAAAUGUGCCCCAAUUUGAGAUGGAUUUUGUGUUGAAUUUUGCCAUGUGCUUAGCCGAUGUCACUUGCGUGAACGGAUCCACGAUCCAGAUAGUGUUUUCCGAAUUGCUUUAAAGGAUUAACUUUUUGGACUUUGAAUAAAAAUUAAAGAAACAGCUUCUCUGUCUAUUGUUUUGAGUAAGUUCAUUCAUAAAAUUAGCUGAAAACACGAUAGUGACUACAACAUCUAAGUUCAAAUAAUUUAAGCUUUUAAAAUGCUUCUCACAUUCAUUCUGAAGAUGUCAGGUUCAGGUUUUGAACACUUUCGAUACGCAGCUAAUGAAUUUUAUUCGAAAAUAUUUUUUACUGUUUAUUCUAGACUUUUAAUAUAAGAAUUUUAAAAGCCUGUUUGCAAUAUAAGUUUACUGGCAGAGGGUCAUCGAGGCAUCGUUUUUUGAAGUGACAACUUCAAGAAGUUGCGAGGACGUCAAUGGGUUUCAUAAUGUUAUGUUUGGCCCGCGUGGUAAGGCAAUAAUAUUCUGCUCUGUGUUUCGGUAAGAUUCCUGGUUUCAACCUUUGAAAGCUUUCUCUGCUUUCGCUAGUUUUUCCCCCGUUUGUCGGCCAUUCUUUUCAAGCGGGCGCGGGAACAUGAAGUAAAAUUACGUCACGUUGUUUACAGAGUUUGAUUGGUCAGUUAUCUCUUCUUCUCGUUCCAAAUAUGGUACUUUCGAAAAUGAAUAAUCACGAGCAUCGGACAAAGCAAACAUAUGAGAGUUACACGUUUCAACCCCUUAUGAGUUUCUGGUGGUAGUCAAAUACGUGAGAUAUAUUUAAAAAAUGGUUUGUAUCCAUAGGAACAUGUUGAUAAUUGCAAGAGGAAACCCGAGGAAUGCCUAAUCGGUUGCGGUGAAUUAGUUCCUAAGGAGGAGGUAUUGUGGGUUUGCAUAGGUUUUACUGCUCACAAUCAUCGUUCUUACACUUUGGUCCAAAAUAUUGGCGAACUUAGGGCGUGUUCGAUUUACUGUAUUCCGGAAUAAGAAUUAAUGAAAUUUACUCAAGAAAUCACUUAUUUUAAUUUGUCAUUCAUUGUACUGCAAUAUUUAGAUAUCUGCUAAAAUAAAUAAUUCCGAUGAAAGAAGCCUAUGUAUGGUCCAAAAAUCACAGUAAAAGAGAUUUGUAACAAAACUGUCGAGUAUUCUUAUUCUGGAAUACUAACACUCGAACGUACCCUUUAAAGUUAGUUAUCCCAUUGUCUACAUGUCUACAUGGUAAUUUGCCCUCAUGCGUUGACUGUUUCAAGGUAAAGGUUCGUUUGACUUCUGCAAAUGCAAUCGAGAAAUAAAUAUGGUUUAUAUACACUGCACGCACAAAAAUAUAAAAAAAGUAAUAAUGCCGCCACUUUUUUUCGAAUAGAAAAGUACUCGGUUUCCUAUUUCACUGCUAGACGAUUGUUAUCUUUGUUCUAUAGAGAUGCUUACGGCAGUCACAAAAUAAGCAACAUAUUGUCACACUAAUGCCUCUAAAGACCAUGCAGUAUACUUUGUGGGAUUUGUUGUUUUUUCUCUUUAAUAUUUUCAUAUCAAGAGAGAUCUUUGAUUACUACUUAGGCACCACAUUAUUCAGGAGGUUCUGCGAUCCGCCCUCUUUACAACUUCUGUUUCGAUUUAAUUCAUCUUCAUAGAGGCGAAUAUAUCGCUGUACACUAGGUGUUUUCAGUCGUUUUCCUUAUUAUUUUGAUAUUCUGUAUGUACUGAAGGUACUAAGACCAGCCUAUUGGCCAUUGUCGUUUUAGAUUGCAGCUCAUAUUGACAACAAAUGUCCGCUGACAUUGACCUCCUGUCCAUAUUCUCAGAUCGGAUGCGAUACAAAGGUAAACUGUCAGUAAUGUGUGUCUUGUCACCGCAAAGUCAGUGCCCAGUUUUGAUAAAAAGUUAGAGUAAACAGUUGUACAACGUUCCCUUUUCAUUGAAAGCAUAGUUAGUAGAGGAGACUGGUUAAGAAAGCCGGCAAACAUCAAUGUUGAAAACAAUUGUACCGUAGUUUAUGUUGGAAGCUCCCUGACCGUGCAAUAUCCUUUGUGUUUUGUUCACAAAUUGUGACUGAGUGAAUUAAUGCGAUAUUUCUAUUCGUCAGUAAGUUCAAAAUGAUAAGGAUGCUGUUGAACGUUGUGCACGGUCAGGUUCAAAAAAGGCAUCAAAAAGAUAAAACAAAGAAGUCUGACGGGUUUCAUAACCAUUCCACUUCAAUAACUAUGAUUGAAAGGGAUUUCUGAAGAUAGCGUGCUUGAGGAAUCUAACAUAAAGCCGUGAGAAAAUCGUUUAUAAAUGCACCCGAUUUUGGGGUUGUGUCAGACAUAUUUCGUGCUGACUGAUAAUCAAACGUUAUUGUUUCCAGGUUUUUUUGCAUCGACGAAAGUACAUUGAAACUGGCCUGGGUUUUCUUAAUGUUAUCAUUCUAGCAUAUGAAAACGGUUGAAAGGUAUCUUUGGCGAAGGACAGGCAAAAUAGAAUAAACCACUUCCGCAAUCCCCCGAGACUCUGUAUCAAAACGAGGUUAACUGCUCAGCCUUUUAUAUGGAAAUGAUUUUUCAUUUUCAUGUAAAUAAAACUUAUUUUCUCAAGAAAGGUUGUGCACUUGGCAUCAAUUUGAAAGUGAGGGUUUUUGGAACUCGGAAGUGGCCUAUUAGACUGGAAUUUGCCGAAAAAGGGGGUGGGGUCGGGGGUUGGACGGGCGGCCGUUGUGUUUUUCAAGACAAAUUACUCAAAACUAUUGGUUAUAGGGCAUAAAAAAAAUCACAAAGCAAUAUAAAAUAGCAAAAUAAUGACUGGAAGUUUUAUUUUUUCUGGCGCAGAUUCAGCGAAAAGAAGUGGGAGAUCACCUUCAGACAUCAACGACACUUCACAUCGAGUUAACGCUUAAAAAUCUAAAAUCAGCAACAGAAAAACUCGACUCUCUUCAGAAACAGGUACAAGAACUGACAGUUGCCAAUUCUACCCUAAGGAGGAAAGUGGAUGAACAAAGCAAGACAAUUGCGCGAUUGAAUGAAGAAUCCUCGUCCUUCGUGUGGAGGGUGACUGGAUUUUGGGAGAUCUUGAGACAAGCAAAGAACGAAUGCAAUAAAAGGAUAAAAAGUGUGCCUUUCUAUGCAGGAAGACAAGGUUAUAAGCUAAGACUUUGUAUUGAGCCAGAUGGUGAUAAGUCAAAGAGACACAGAUAUCUUUCAAUAUAUGUUCUUCUCAUGAAAAGCGGUUUCGACGGUAUACUGCCUUGGCCUUUUCGUCAAAAAGUCACAUUUACGUUAAUAGACCAAAAAGAUCAACUUUCUAGUAGGUCUAACGUUGUUAGCUCUUUAAAUGUCACUUUUUUAACUGGGAGGCCCGUCGCUGACGAGGUGGAUGAAUCACAGGGGAUAGCAAGAUUUAUUUCUCACACGAACUUGAGUGAGCCUUGCUACGUUGUUAAUGGCACGCUUUUUGUUCAUGUUAAGGUUGAUCCUAUCGAUUCUGAAUAG